CAUCGUUCUUCGCGAGUGCAAGUUUCAGUAUUUUUGUGCUUCAAAACGAAUCAAAGGAAAAAAAAAAUUCUCCGCAAGAUAAAACUGUACCGUGUGAAAAUGAAAAACUAUUGCUUCUCUUUUAUAUCGUGCGCAGUUUUAUAAUUUGGCUUCAGAUCUGUGUUAAGUGCCCGUGAUCCCGGAAAUAAUCGUCCGAGUGUAUGAUUAAACCUGAGUUCGCUGUGCCAAAGGAAAUUUUCCAAAAGUGAAAUUGCAUCUAUUUUUCGUACGUUUUUCUGUGCUGUGUCCUAUGACGAACGGAUUCGAUAAUCCGACCGCUGUGUGCCCGGUGCAAACGCAUCAGUGUGAUAUAAUGGAAAGGAAUGGGGAGAAGUGAAUGAUAUUCAGGAAUAGUGUAAACAGGUUGCAAGGGGCGGAAGCAAAGCGAAAGUGCAUCUUAACUACACUCGUCGCAAGUUCACUGGAGAUCAUAAUGUCCCAGAAGCAUCGGCGGCAACAGCAGCAGCAGCAUCAACAACAGCAACAGGAGUACCGCCGUCGAAGACAGCAGAUAUUAGUCACCUUUGAUCGUAGCUUGUACGCAACCGAUCUGGCGGUUGUGCUGCUUUAGUGUGAUCAAAGGUCCAACCGUGAUAAGCCACCACAAAAGAAGAAACUACAUUCCUCACUACUCGCAGAACACAAAACAACUCUUCUGCUCCACAGGAUUAGUCGAACUGAAAGGAAGGAUUUGACCACUUCUCUUACAAAACGAACGAAACUAAAGAAAAACGGGAACCACUAGGAAGUAACGAUUCGCAGAAAAUAUAGGAACACUUAGGAAGGAUACGAGUAACACUACUUACUAUUAAGCAAGCAAGCAUUACACGACCGGCAAAGUUUCUUAAUCUCAGCUUUAUCUAGAAAAUAAGUCAAACAGCCAUGAGAACAAAACAUUUCCUACUGCUACUGUUCGCCGUGAUUGGAACCAGCUUGCUGUUCAUACUGUUCGGGCCAGCCGGGCAGCAAAAUGAUUCGAUUAAGAACAUUGUCUCGCAGACGCACGAACAGCUGCGGAAUUUGCAGGUAAGCCAUAACAACUUGAGAGAUGCCAAUGAACAACACCCGGAGAUGGAUCCGAAGUACCUGGCUCAGCUGGGCUUCACUCACUCCCUGUACAAUGGAACGCGUUCCAAUUUUUCCGUCGUGACGUAUACCCAAUCCGGCGAGGUGGCAUCUACGAUCCUGUACGCACAAAACAUUGCCACCAAACUACCCAAUAAUCAGCUGCUGAUCUACGAUCUGGGUUUAUCCGAGAGUGACCUGCACACGCUGCAGGCAUUUUGCAACAGUUCUCGUUGCAUCGUAAUAACCUAUGAUCUGAGCUCGCUGCCGUCGUACGUUACGGAUGAAAACAUGCACGCCUUUCGGCCGAUUAUCAUCCACGAUGCGCUUGCUCGGGCGCGAAGCAUCCUGUUCACCGAGAACAGUGUCCGACUGCGGGGCAGUGGCAAGGAAGUCACAGACAUACGGGUCAAGACUGAGAAUAGCAGCGGGGUAAUGGGUUGGACCACCCAGCAAGCGGUAACCAGUCGCACACAUCCGAAAAUGUUCGACUAUUUUGACACCGACUCGGACAACUUCCAGUUCCUGCCGAUGGUUUCGCUGGAUUUCGUCUUCUUUGUCAGCACUCCGACGGUGAACGAUAAGAUAAUGCUACCCUGGGUGAGGUGCAUGCUAACGCCCGAAUGUCUACAUCCUAUCGGUGCUCAAUCGGCCGGGUGCAAGUACAACAAAAAACCCCAGUAUCGCUACUCGGGCUGUCACGGCUACGACACGUCUGCCUUCAACAUCAUCCUGGGACUGACGUUCGGCUUCGACGAAGACAAAUACUCCACUCACGAGGACUUCAGCGGGCUGUACUACGUGGAGAGUCUCGAGCAAGCCACCAAAAUCCUCGAGAACCGACGGAAAAACAUAAGCGACACAUCGGAACAUCCAUUCACGGAGGAGUAGACGCCCGUUUUAUGGGAACAGCUUAACCCGUAUCUCUGCUGUCGCACAAUGCUGCUGCGCUGCUACAUGCACAUACGGUUUAAAGCAAACGCGUAGUAGUCAAACAAGGCAUAUCGCGCCAUCACCAUCUACUUUGUAAGUAAGUAGACUUAAAAGUGUAACGUAGAGAUUUUACUUGGCGUUAAUUCCGCUGCUGCAACUGCUUGUUGUAUCCCGGCUCGAAUAUUUAUGGACAUGGUAAGUUUGCAUUAAAAGAUACGCGGGGGAGAGCAUCUCACGAAAACUGGCCUCGUGUGUGUUGGGAGGACGUUGGGAGGAGAUUAAACCUAACUUUAGCGAAUUGCACUGGAAUGCAAUGAUUUGCCUACCUUAGCGAGUGAGUGUGUGAGAGUACACGGAUGGGUUUCCGUUUAUUUUGUUUUAUUAUUGCAGCAGAAGCUAUAGAGAUGUGAGUUGGAUUG